AUGAAAAUAACAAGUAACACUCCUAAGCUUAAGCGCAGCCGCCGCACCAUUGAACAACUUCAACAACCUACCCAAUAUACCACUAAACCUCAAAAGGGCCAUAGCCAUCCUCCACAACAUCAGACCUUGACAAAGUUGACUCAAACAACCCACAACCAAACUCCUGAAUCCCCAUCCCCACCACCGACUCAAAUAUCCAGAACAAGAGUCCCAGAGACUCGGAGUUCUUUGCUCAGACCAGAACAACCACCCAUACAAUAUUCAACAAAAUAUCGAAAAUCUCAACCCGUAAUCACACGAUCUCAAGAGCCAGAGCCAGAAAACCAAAACAUCAUUGAGGAAGGUUAG